GGCUGUUCUCUUUGCUGCAAGUUUCAGCUGCAGUAUCCCUAGAACCGAUGCUGGCUUCUACAUAUCGUUGAGGGGUGAUGGUGAAGUCAUGCAAACACAAGAUCUCCAGGUUGAAGGGGCUUGCUUGAUCAUGGUGCCUAUUGGGGAAUAUUCUUGCUGUGCAGCUUGUGCCACCAUGUUGCUUUAG